AUGGAAUCUCAAGUAGGGUAUCUCUCUGAGCAAAUUCCCAAACCUACAGAUGGAUUCCCAAGUGACACAGAGAAAAAUCCGAGAGGUGAAACAAAGAAAGUAAGAUGGGAAGAUUGCAAGAUGGUCACUAUAAGUGAUAAGGAGACUGAGGACAAGCCAAGCAAGCUGUCAGAACAACCUGAAGAUACCUCAGUAGAGGAGGGGGAAAAAGAUUACCAAGAACCAGAAAUCUCAAAACAGGAGCUGCUGAGACUCUAUGCACCUUUUCCCCAACUGCUCAAUGGUGCUGUGGAGAAGAGAAUAUACUCAAGAUUUCUUGACUUGUUUGCAUCUCUGCAUGUAAACAUACCAUUCAUCAAGACCAUCCAACAAAUGCCUGCAUACAUCAAGUAUAUGAAGGAACUGCUUCCCAGGAAAAGCUCACUCAAGGGAGGCCAAACUAUAGUGAUGAACAAGGAGUGCAGCGCCCUCAUUCAACCAGAGUUGCCUACAAAAAGAAAGGACCCAGGGAGUUUUUACAUUCCCUGUGCCAUAGGAGAAACAAUGUUUGAUAAAGCACUCUGCGAUUUGGGAGCAAGCAUCAACUUAAUGCCCUUAUCCCUUAUGAAGAGGCUGCAGAUCAAUGAGAUAAUGCCCACAGAUGUUGGGAAAUACUUCCUCCCAACAGACUUUGUCAUAUUGGACAUGGAAGAGAGUCACACUCACCCAAUCAUAUUGGAAAGACCAUUCCUAGCUACAGCCAGAGCGCUCAUAAAUGUGGAGCGAGGGGAGCUAAUUCUGAGGAUCCAUGAUGAACAACUCACCUUCAAUAUUUUCAAACGCUUACAAGAAACAGAUCAAGAGAACUAUGAACCAAGAAAAGAUCAAUGUGAGAUACUAAAGGAAGAAACAAGCACUGAAGCACAACCAGCAUAUCUGGGAAUCCCAUUGAUUGAGGAACAAGGUAAACAGCAAUUGCCACAGCUCAAAGAAAAUCAGGAGGAAUCUAAACCACCAGAAUCAUAUGAGACCAGUAACCACAUUUCCUUAGAGGAGAAGGUCACAAAGAGUAAGACAACAUCACAAGGAACAAAGAAGAAGGUACCAAGGAGGUGGAGGAACAGGAAGAUCCCUACAGAGGACUUCUCCCCAGGGGAUAAAGUAAUCUCAACUUACUUCCCAGACAUCCCCCCUGAUUUCCCCACUGUACCAUCUCAAUUACCUAAAGUCUUCACCAUCAACAGAGUUCUCUCCUUAGAACAUGUAGAGAUCAUUGAUACAACCAAUGGAUAUAGGUCUACUGCCAGAGGAGAAGACUUAAAGCACUAUCAACCUCCCUGA